AUAAAAAAGAAAGUAUACACAAAAUUAUAAAAGAAGAAAACAAAAUUAAAACUCAGAAAAAAAGAAAUGACAGGACACAUAAAUUCAUGCUCAUAAAUGGUGGUCAUAUCUCAUUGUAAAUUCCAUAGCUAAACUAUAUUAAUUUCAUUUCUCUGUUAAUGGUAUCAAUAUUGCAAAGAGUAGUUGGGGCCCCAUGUUUAACCUUCAACCAAUGCCAAAGAAGUGUUUUUGCUAAAAGAAGAGCGCAGAGAAUCUAUUUUCCUUCAGCAGAUGACAAUGUCCAUGUGACAGAGAUAUCACUCAAAGAGAUAUGAAUCUCUGAAAAUAUUACAUCAGUUAAUACUAUAGAUAAACACAGAUGUUAUGGCAACAAAAGAUCUAGGUCCAUUGAGUCUGCCCUUUGUUGAUUUCUUUUUUUGGUUUUUUUUAAUGUAAACAUUUUUAAUUAUUAUGUUUAUGUUUUAUUAUUUUUUAUUGGAUAAUGGACGUGUGUUUAUCCCAAGCAUGUUGAAACUCAGUUACUGAUUAUUGAAUCUCUGCUGGAAGGUGGUUCCAACCUUCUACUAUUAUUUCCACAAAUAUAAAUAAAUCUGGAAUUUUAAUAGCACCAAUUAGCUGGGUCACAUAGUGCUACUUAUACCGUAGUUUACUAUAAAGUUUAAUUUCUUUUGACGAAGCUGUAUUAACAGUUUGUAAACGUUUUUGACUUUCUCAGAAAGUUAAGAGUUUGCUCACUUUUCCUUAGAUACGGCUUUUUGCUUUUAUUAUUUCAAUGUGAAAUGAAUACAUGAAUAAAUAUUUCAUAGCACCAUUUUGGGAGGGAGAGUUGGCUUCCAGUCAGCUUUGACUCCCGGUGACUGGACAAUUCCAUGCAAAUUUUCUUGGCAAGAGUUUGGAUCCUGGGCCUUUUUCCAAUGCUGAGAGAGACAGAAGGACUGGCCCAAGGUCACCUAUUUGGCUUUCACCAGACUAGUCUUCUGGUUUCUAUCUUGGUGCCUUAGUUAUUACUAAUUAUUUACUACCGGUAGUAGUGUAGUAGUAGUUACUAUUGUGAACACUACGCUAUACUAAGUAGCCUUUAAGUGUCUCUCAUGUUUCUUGCAAAGAAUUUCCCUUUUAUAUGGCAACAGCACCAAACUGAUCUCCCCCCUCAGGCGUUUGGAGAGUCCAACUGGGUCUUGAGCGCCAUGCUUUCCGCCACCAUUCCGAGUGGCCGCCUCCCUUUCCAUCAUAUAGGGUUCUUUAUGCGGUCAUCGCGGGCACGGACGCAUUCUGCCCCCUGACCGAAAUAGCUUUUCCAACGGCGCGGGGGAGAUGGGAGCGGCGAGAGUCCUUCUCCCCUACAAACCUUUUCCCCGGCGUAGCCAGGCCAAGAGCCCAAACGCGCGAACGCCACCCCCAAAGCCGGGAAGCCCGCACCUCCUUCCCUUUGCUCCGGGAAACUUGAGCUGGCCCAGAGAGAGCAACGGCCCGCAACGGGAGUAGGAAACGACGUCGCGGCCACGGCAGGGACGGAGAGACCGCGGCCGCCAGGAAAUGCUGGAAGGCGUCCGAGACCCGCUCAGAUGACAGUAAACAAUUCUUUUAAUUGGGGGAAAGGAGGCUGGGACUCAUUUGCACCGCCGCGCCCUCUGAAAGGCUCCGUUCGGUCGCUAAACGGUUCCCCCAUUCGGUUACAUAAGCGUGCCGCUUUUGGCAAGCGCGCUGUCUCUCGCCCGCCCGGGGGGUGGGGGGCGAGCGAGCGAGAAAACACACCCGUCCACCUCCUAGAAUCGCAACUAGCGGAUCUCAGCCCAGGGCGCGCAAAGCGACGGCCGCGAUCCUCCCCCUCGGGUCCUGGCCCGCCCUUUCCACCCCCCCCCCCCAAUCCCCGAGAUCAUUUCUGCGCAGCGCUCUGCGGCGAAAAGAUGAGUCAAGCGGCGCUUUGCCAGCAGCAGCAGCAGCAGGAAGAGGGCAAGAGACGGGGAAGGCCGAGAGGGAGGAGCCGCUGCCAGCGCCAUUGAUUCAAACGCGCCGCAGCUCCGGGUCCUGGAGCCCUCCAGCUGCAGGGCGGUCUUGGCGAAGGGGCUCGGUGGAGGCGCUGCUUGGGGAGCCUCUUCUAAUGCAAUGAUCCAGCAGUUGCAGAAUGAAUUUGACAGCAGUGUGGAGAAAGCAGAAGAUUGGAUGAAGACCAUCCAGGAGAGGCUGAGGAUCAAUGACAAUACUAAAGGGCCUCGCUCUGCCUUGGAGGCCAGACUCAGGGACACAGAGAAAAUUUGUGCAUUGGAACCUGAAGGCCGGUUGAAAAUGGACCUGGUCCUAAUGAAGGCUGAUGCUCUGCUUCAGUGUAUCAGUGAAGAGCAAAAGCAUGAAAUAUUAUCCAGGCUAAAAGAUGUUAAAGCCAUGUGGGAAGAAACAGCCAUAUACAUUACUCAUUGUCACAGCCGCAUUGAGUGGGUGUGGUUGCAUUGGAGUGAAUACUUGAAGGCCCAGGAUGAAUUUUACACCUGGCUUCACAACAUGAAGGUGACCUUGGAACCUGACAUAGAGUUGCAGCUUGGCUUAAAGGAGAAGCAGUGGCAGUUUAGCCAUGCUCAGAUCCUACUGAAAGAUGUUCAGAAUCGGUCAUCUUUGCUGGAUCGGCUACUAGAGGAAGCCAUAUCUCUCUAUAACCGGAUUGGAGAUACAAGUGUCGAUGAAGAUGCCAGAGAAAAGAUGAAGGAAGAAUAUGAAGAAAUCAAGAACGAAGCAGAGAGAAGAGUGAUGUUACUUGAAAAGAUAACAACAGAGCACAAGCUAUAUAAGACCAAUGUUGACCAGUUUCGGCUAUGGCUGACUCAGCUAACAGAAAGAUUAAACUGCUGUCUCAAUCAAGAAUCAAAACUGCCAGCAGAAAAUAAAAUCAAAGCAUUACAGGAUAUUACAAAAGAUAUAAGGAGUGGAGAAAAGAAAUGGAAACAUUUAGAAGCACAGUCUAUAGAUGUAAUGCAAAACACCUCUCCCCUGGGGGCAGAAAUGAUGAAGGCUGAGCUUGAGGAAUUGAAAAAACUCCUGGAGAAUAUAAAGCUAGUGAGUGUGGAGGAAGAGGAGAAACUGCUGAAGAGCCUUCAGUCCGAAAACACCUACCACACCCAGGCCAGGGUGCUCGAAACUGAUGUUCAAGAAUUCCGUAAAAGGCUGAAAAGACUAGGAAACCACUUUGAAAAGGAUGAUAUUGUGAGAAGUGAUGAGGAUUUAAUUUCUCUAUGGAGAGAAUACAUGGCAACGAAGGCAAACCUUACAGCAGAAGAACCAAAGGCUGAGAAACUGAAGAUUCAACUGAAGGAGUUGUUCAAAUUUUCACAAGACUUACAGCCUCUCUCUGACAGUGUGAUCCAUGCCAUACAAGAAUAUCAAAGUCUGAAGGGGAAAAUGUUUAAAUUGAGCACGGAGAUUGAAACAGAAUUGAGGCAGCGCUUCCAAAACCCCAUGAGGGAGUGUCAGCUGUGGAAACCAUCAGCUCAGCGACUCCUGGACACCACACUCCAGGUUUCUGAUCCUGCAUUGACAGAUGCAUUCCUGCGUCAGAUUGAGAUUUUUCUGGUUGAAAGCUCCCAUCUUAAGGAACAACUCUUGAAAGUCCAGAUGAAAAAAGAUUUCCUGGGCAAUAUUUUUGAACAGGAGAGAGCAAAGUUACUCUUGGAGGAAGUUAGUGAUGCUACAAAGGAAUUAGAAAACCUGCACAAAGGGCUACUCCAGAGGAAAAGCAAGUUACAGGCUUUGGUAUCACAGCACAAAGACUUUGAUGCAUCCUUCCAGCUUCUGCAAACGCAGCUGUCUGCUCUCAGAGUCAAGCUAAAUGCAGAAAAAGAACUGCUGCCAGAUCUUGUGGGUAAAGAGGCCCGGUUGCAAAGGCUAGAGAGCAUUCAAGGACACCUGGAUGAAUGUGCAAUCCAAAUGGAAGAAAUAGAGAAACUUAUUCAGUCAGACCCAGCACAGAUGCAUAAAACAAAACAGUGUUCUUCUGACUAUCAAAUACUUAAGAGAUCAUUGGAGAUCAUGAUUGCACAAAGUAAGCAACAUAUUCAGAAACACUGGGCUUUUAAUGACAAAUUAUCAGAUCUCCAACAGUGGCUUACCGUGACCAAACAGAAACUGGAAUAUUACUGCGAUGCUACAACUCACAAUGCAAUGUUGGACUUGGAGAGAUUGCAAACUGAGUUUCCAGGUAGAGAGAUCCAGUUACAUCUCAUUGAAGCCCAUGGGCAUUUGGUUAUAAAAGACACUUCUCCAGAGGGAGCUUUGAAUAUCCAGGCUGAAAUGAAACAGUUGAAAGACUCAUUCAAGUUUCUUGAAAACCUAAUGUCAAGGACAGCAGUUGAUGUGAAUAAGAAGAUAACCUGUUUAGACAACACGCGCAUGGAAAAAGUGGAUGUUUCUGAGCACUUACGAAGGGAAGUGGCUGAGGGGGAAGAUACCAAUGAGCUCCAACUUAUUAAGAACUUUGAACAAUGGUUGCAAAGAGAAAACAACAAACUAUCUAAAAUUCUUGCCUUGGAUCUAUCAAGCAAUGAAGAGGUUGAAGCAAGAUACACCAAACUAAAGGAGCUUCAGCUAAGAGUCCCUGAAGGUCAAUAUCAUUUUGAAGAACUUCUCCAUCUUCAACCAGCUGGCAAGAACUGGGAUGAACUAGAGGAAUUGCGUUACCAAUGGAUGCUCUACAAGUCCAAACUGAAGGACUCCAAUAAUGCAUUGAUGACAAGCCAUUUCAAAGAACCAAACCUAUUCAGAAAGGGUCGACCAGUAAGUGCAUGUUCCUUCCUACGUCGUGUGUGCUGUGCUGCUUUACCCCUCCAGUUGCUGCUGUUGCUUCUGCUACUCCUUGCCUUUCUGCUCCCCCUAGGAGAGGAGACACAGAGUUGCAAGCUCACCAACAACUUUGCACACUCCUUCAACUUAAUGCUGAGACACGAUCGCCCACCGCCAAUUUAAGUUCUCCUUGCCUGCAGUGCAGCUAAGUUACAGAUUGCAUUUUCCCCAGCAGUUUCCCCACCACCACAGAUCUUUAUCUUGUGUUAAGUCCUUCAAGAAUCAUGGCAACUGCUAAAGAGUCCAUUUAAAACUGGAAAUUUGGUUAAAUGACCGCCAUUGUCCAAUGUAUGCUCAGGCUGGAGAAAUGAAGUAUUCAUAUUUAGAGCUAAAAUACAUUUUUAAAAUAUGAUUAUAUUUAUAUUGUAUAUAUGAUUUUAUAUAGAUAUAUAUAGAUAUAUGUAUGUGUAUCAAAAAUGUCCUGACAUUGAUGUUUUCAACAAAUUCUACUCUUUUUUGAGUAUGUCUUCGUUGAAAAAUAGUCUGUGUUAAGCACAAAAAUAAAAAGAAUAAUAUAAGAAGGUAUGAAAAAUGACUUACCACCCAAUGGUAGCAGCAGCCAUGUGUCAUUCUCCUUCCUGUGUUUUUACAUACAUCAUGCUUAUAAUUGCCAUCUGAUUGAAAUAGGCAAUUGGAUGAUUCGUUGGAACAGCCAUUCUCUCUCAGCCAAACCUAUCUCAUACUCCUGCUCAUAUUCCUCAAGAGCAAGUAUUAAUGUCAUAAAGCCUCUGAUCUUCGGGGUGGCAUAUAGUCAGCAUAAUUAGUAAUUACUGAAAAUCUUAUUUGUCCCAUCAGCUUAUCUGAUCCCUUUUCUACAAGCUGUAGGUGAUGAGACUCAGAUUCACGUCAGUGAAACAGUUCACACUACAGAGACAAUAUGAUUCAUUCCACCAAAGCUGAAGUGAAUCAUGACCCAUAUUGCCUCAACAAAACCAUUUGGGUGGCCUCCUACCACAUGGGCCAGUUUGCCGGAGAAGAUUCUUCCCAUGUUUUUCUCAAUAGGACAGUUCCCAGGAUAGGCAGUUUUUGGAUUACCCACAUUGUACCUCAGAACUUCCUGGCCUGGAAGACCUCUGUGUGGGGUUUCUGGCAAAUAAUUUGGAUAAGACAAGCCCCAGGGACUAGGGUUGCAGAGAAGACACCACUUACCUCCUUGAAACUGCCUGCAAAAAAAAUCUGGUAGACCAUCAACCUGGGCUCCAGGUUGACUGCUUUGGAUGCACAUUAUAAUCAAUCACAGUAUUCACUGAAAUAGCCAUACCAAGAAGCCCUUGAGCAGUAUGGUGGGAGAAACCUCCUUUCAGUCUUCUCCUGUAGCACUCCCACAAGGAGCUCCUCUCAGCCUUCCACCACAGACAAAGCUCUGUAGGAGAAUGUGGAAAGGUAGUACACAAUAUGGCGAGGUGAACCAACAUGGUUGCUUCACUCUUAGAACCAAUAGGAUCACAUUGCUUUCCAAAGGUGCUUUAUGAAAAUCUCUAUUGAAGUCAAAACUUUGCAUAGCUCGAUUUUCUCCAUGUUGUGGAAAGAAAUGCCAAUAUAACUACAUGCUGCAUGAAAAAGGAUUUAUUUUUGUUUAUUCUCAAUUUCAUACUAUUCAGCUAGAUUGGAUGACUUGGAAUUCUCCUAAAUAGUAAACAGGCAUUUAGAAUAUGUAUCUGAUUGUUCCCAUCAGCAUAGUUAAAUCAGAGUUGGCAACCUUGUAGUUGUAGAUAGAAUCGCAUAAUGUGCUUUUAAAUGUUCUGCCAAAGGGAAGAGAAGUCAACUAUAGUUAUAUGGGGGGGGGGGUGUACUUUUAGCUGGGUUCACACAUCAUGCUAAAUCAUAGUGUGGUUUUCUCUGGUUUUUAGUUUACCAUGUAAAUCAUGGCUUGGCACAAUUUGGUUUCUUCAAACAACAUUGUUAAAAAAUGAAACAGCCAUAAUUUUACUACACUGUAUGAACCCGGUCAGUUUCUGUAAGUAAUCAGCUUUCUGUUCCAGGUAGAUUACCCAGUAGAGGACCUAUUAAGGUCUUCUUAAAUCAUACAAAAUAUGAAAUAUGGUUGAAUACAGUAUGGAUAAUGCAGCUGGAACCCUGAGCCAUAAUCUGAAUCUGUAAAGGCACUCCAGUGUAUCCAGGAGAUACAAAAAAGCAUGAAAAGAAGGGCGGGUGGGAAGAAUAGAGAAGAAGGGCAAUGGGGGAGGAAAAUUGGCCAGCACAAAAGAAUAGUCCAGAGAUGCUCUCAUAAAAUGAUUUUGUUAGUUCAAAAUAGGGCUGCUGGCUUUCCAACAAUUCAGUGGAACUCUGCCUUUCCCAGUAACAUGACUAGUGGUGGGAUUCAACUGGUGUAACAACCAGUUCACUAAGAGCAUAUUUUGUAUGUAUGCAUGCUUUGUGCACAUAUACGCGCCAAAUGUACAUGUACACACUGUACGCGCGCAGUACAUUUGAAAACAGCUCUAAAACGUACCUUCUACUUCAGCCCCAAUGAGUAAAACAGGCUGAGGCGCAGCAAUCCGCUCUGCUGCGCCUAUCAGCUGGGCUUCAAACAAAGGAAAUAUAAGACAGGCUGGU